AUGUCAGAUGCCAAGUCAGAGGCUGUCCUCCAGCAAGUGGAUAGCGAAUUUGGCCGCGGUAUCGAGGUUUCAGAGGAAAGGGGAACGACUGGCGAUCAAAAGGACAUGCAUCGCAUGGGCAAAAAGCAAGAGCUACGACGAAACUUUCGUUUUGCAUCAAUAUUUGGGUACUCGAUGAUCUUGAUGGCGACAUGGGAGACGAUACUUACGUGA